UGCAACAUUUUUAUAUGAGUCUGUGAUGGUUCUUUGAUAAACAUUCGAUUGUUUGUUCUUAUAAAAAUGUUUGAGGUGGAUGCGAUAUCCGCAGAUCACAAAGAUGUUAUUCAUGACGUUGUAUUUGACUAUUACGGACGUCGCAUGGCAACAUGUUCUAGUGAUCAAACGGUCAAAAUAUGGGAUGAGGAUGAACUAGGCAAGUUAACAGUUUCAAGCAGCUGGAAGGCACAUUCUGGUUCAAUUUGGCGCAUAUCAUGGGCUCAUCCGGAAUUUGGCCAAGUUUUGGCNUAUGACUCCGGCUCGUAG